UCUCUCUCUCUCUCUCUCUCUCCCUCGCCCUACAAUCACAAGAUAGGAAAGAAAGAAAAAAAAUUGAUCCACAAGAACAGAGUCGUCUGAAUGAAGAACACAUCAGUUGUUGUUCAUCUGUUACUUCUGCUAUGUCUCAUUGUGUCAUGUACCAAUGGAGAAACCAAACUUGAAAGAAGCAACUCUGAUGGAUCCGAAUCUUGGGGAUACGUUGAAGUUAGACCAAAAGCACAUAUGUUUUGGUGGCAUUAUAAAAGUCCAUAUAGAGUUGAUCAAGAUCCUUCUAAGCCAUGGCCUAUCAUCCUCUGGCUCCAAGGUGGACCUGGAGCUUCAGGGGUUGGAAUAGGGAAUUUUCAGGAGGUUGGUCCAUUAAACACAUUUCUCAAUCCCAGAAACUCUACUUGGUUGAAGAAAGCUGAUCUCUUAUUUGUGGAUAGUCCAGUUGGGGCAGGGUACAGUUUCGUGGAGGAGAAUGAAAAAGAAUUGUAUGUGAAAAGUGAUGAAGAAGCAGCAAAAGAUUUGACCAAACUGUUGCAACAACUCUUCAACAAAAACCAUACUUUAAGCCAAAGCCCUCUCUUCAUUGUUGCUGAAUCUUAUGGUGGCAAAAUCGCGGUUAAACUCGGUUUAUCGGUUUUUGAAUCGGUUAAAUCUGGUCAAUUGAAGCUUCAUCUUGGAGGAGUGGUUUUGGGAGAUAGUUGGAUAUCCCCUGAAGAUUAUGUGUUUUCAUGGGGACAUCUUCUCAAGUAUAUCUCUAGGCUUGAUGACAAUGGCUUGGUUCUCUCAAAUAGCUUAGCUGAGAAGAUUAGAAAACAAAUCAAGAAUGGUGACUACGUUGGAGCCACGCUAACAUGGAUGGAUCUUGAAACCUUGAUUAGCAACAAAUCCAAUUUCGUCGAUUUUUACAAUUUUCUAUUGGAUGCUGCUAUGGAUCCUGUCUCUCUUACCACGAGUUUAGAAACCAAAAAAAAAUCAAAUAGAAUAAAAAAGUAUUCGAGUUACUUGAAUGGUUUGAGAAGUUUGAGUGACGUAGAAGAACAAGAAGGUGACCUUAAUACAUUAAUGAAUGGUGUUAUUAAGAAGAAGCUCAAGAUCAUUCCCAAAGACCUCAUAUGGGGGAACAGUUCUAAUGAUGUGUUUACGGCGAUGUAUGCUGCUUUUAUGAAACCAGUAAUCGAAGACGUCGAUGAGCUUCUUGCCAAGGGGAUAGAUGUGACUAUCUAUAAUGGUCAACUUGAUGUGAUAUGCUCAACAAGUGGAACUGAAGCAUGGGUUCACAAGCUCAAGUGGGAAGGGCUAAGAGAAUUCAAGAAAAUGGAAAGAGAGCCAUUAUACUGCGAAAGUGACAAAGCAACAAGAGGCUUUACAAAAUCAUACAAAAAUCUCCAUUUCUAUUGGAUUCUUGGUGCUGGUCAUUUUGUACCAGUAGAUGAGCCAUGUGUAGCAUUAAACAUGGUUGGAGAGAUAACGAAGUCACCACAACUUUGACUAUUCACAUCACACAACAUGAUGAUGACUUCUUUCACUUCUGAUUGAUUUUAUAACUCAAAACGUUUCAAAAAAAAAAGAUAAUAAAAAGAAAAAAUCAACAGUGAUAUUACUACACAUGCUUUGUUCUUUUACUUAUAUAUACUACAAAAACAAAAAAUUAAGAAAUAUUUGAUAUAUUUA